AUGAGUGACGUCACGCGGGAUCGGCCAAUGGCGGCGAAGGGCCCCCACGAUGGAAUGCGGCGCGUACGCGAGCGCGAACACAGAGUUCCGCACGUCACUCUACCGACACAAACGAAACACACGACCGCUCCACGCGAACCCGCGUCGCAGACUGAAGCGCGCGGACUCACCGCCACGUUAUCACUGCUCAUGAUAAUAUCCUCGAGCACCUACUGUCUAAAUGCAUUCCUUCUGACCACAAUGUUUACAUUACAUGCGAUACCCAGGCAUACAACCCAA